ACAAAGAAAGAGCCACAGAGUGAGAACAGAGGAAAGGAAAAGAGAGAGGAAUCUGCAUGUCGUCGACCAUGGGGAGGUGCCAAACCGUCUGGCUCCGGCCUUGCCGUGGAUUCUGGGGACCUGCAGUGGAGAAAGAGUCCCCGGGUUGUGUCACGGCUAGUGGGAAGUGCCAACCUCUCCGUCUCCGUCGUCGCCUCGGACGCCAGUGCCGCACCAACCAGCCUUUACCUGCAAACAACGCUGCAGUUUCGGGUGCCAACAAGGGGGAGACCAGCGUACAGCCGCCGGAGCACCAGUGUUCGCCGCCAUGGCAGUUCCGCCGGUGCGAUGCCGGCUACCCCUGCGGCUGGUCUCCUGCUUUCCGUCCGAUGCAACACUGGGCUUUCCAGGAGCCACCACCACAAGCGCAGGAUGCAGCGCAGACCGCCGCUGCGGUUCCGGCAUCGUGGCCUCCCGGCUGGAAUCAUGCCUGUCGCCGCCGCUUCCGGCAGCGGGCAUUGCCGUCAGCCGCCGAAGAUGUGGAGGGAAACGCUGCCGCGCCUGCCGAAGCCGAUGGCGGCAAGUGAUUCUCUGACGUGCUUGGCGUAGCAGACUAUAGCGAUGACGGCGCCGGUGUUCUUGCCGGAUUCUGGCGACUCCAUCUUCUGUGUUUCUCUUCUUUGUUAGGAAUGCCUUGCUGCAAGGCACACGUAGCACUACCGGUGUUCAUGCGUAUCGUGACUCUUACAUGAACAGCUCUCCUGCCCUGUACGCCUCUGCGUAUGUAUGUGUGUCCGCGCGAUCUUGCGCUCGUAGUGUAGUCGAGAA